AUUUAAAAUUUUAAAUAUUCUUCAUCACUACAAGCUCUUUAAGGGAAACCCACAAAAAAAGAAAGAGUAGAAACAUAUAAUAUUAGAGAGCAAAUUAUAAAGAUGGAAGUGAUGCAGGUACUUCACAUGAACAAUGGAGAAGGAGAAACUAGCUAUGCCAAAAAUUCCAACAUCCAGAGGAAGAUAAUAUCAGAGACGAAUUCAAGUCUUAAGGAAGCAAUUUUGAACAUAAUGUGCAACAACAAAGAGGUGCCAGAGGGCAUUGGCAUUGCAGAUUUAGGUUGUUCGUCUGGGCCUAACACAUUGAUGGUGGUCACAGAGAUUAUAAAUAUCAUAUAUGCAACGUGUCGAAAAUCGGGGAGCUCCUUCCCAGAGUUGAGAAUUUCUCUUAAUGAUCUUCCAGGCAAUGAUUUCAAUUACAUAUUUAGGUCAUUGCCAGCAUUCUUUCAGAAAGUUAAAGAAGAAAAAGGUGCAGAAAAUUGCUAUGUUGUUGGAGUUCCUGGUUCAUUUUAUGGAAGAAUUUUCCCUCGAAAGAGCCUUCAUUUUGUUCAUUCUUCAUCCAGUCUUCAUUGGCUCUCUCAGGUUCCAGUUGGUUUGGCUACUAAUGCAAGAACAACCUUAAACAAAGGGAAGUUAUACAUAUCACAGACUAGUCCAAGUGACGUCAUCAAGGCAUACGUGUCACAAUUCCAGAAUGACUUCUCCUCAUUUCUCCGAUCACGGUCGCCGGAGAUGGUUCCAGGAGGGAGGAUGUUGUUGUCACUGAUGGGGAGGAGCUCUAUUGAUCCCACCAUUGAAGAUGGUUGCUACUAUCAAUGGGAACUUCUUGCACAUGCACUUUCUACUUUGGUCUCGAAGGGCCUAGUUGAAGAUGAGAAAAUAGACUCCUUUAAUGCACCAUACUAUGCACCAUGCCCUGAGGAACUGAAAAUUGCUGUAGAAAAAGAAGGCUCAUUUAUCGUUAAUCGUAUCGAAGCUUUUGAAAUUGGGUGGGACGCUAGCGUUUCUUCGAAUUCAUCAACACAAUGUGAAGACAAGAAAAUAUUAUUAUUAUCAAUGGGUCAACAAGUGGCUAAAACAAUUAGGGCUGUGGUUGAAUCAAUGGUGGAAAAUCAUUUUGGAAAUGAAAUUAUGGAUGAUUUGUUUAGUGUGUAUGGUGAUCUUGUGGAUGAUUACCUUUACAAGAAGAGAGCUGUUUAUGUUAAUUUGGUUGUUUCUCUCACACGAAAGGAUUGAUUUAAUGUUCAAAUUAAUUAGUAGACUAAACAAAAUGAUCCUGUUGUUCGAACUCUUCAAAAUGUCAUCGGGUGCAUGUUAAAUUUUUCAAAAUUAGUGCAUUUCUGGAGGAUCCAAUACGAGUACGAUAACAUUUUUAAGAGUUUGAUCGAAUGAUAUAUGUGAACUCCACAAGUUAAUAAGGCCGUGGUUGGAUCAUUUUAUUUUUUCUAGUUUUGUUUUUGCCAAUUUCAAUGAUUUAAUACAUGCCAAUAUACUUAUUGUAACAUUUGUGUCUCAAUUCAUAAAAUAAUUUUUUA